AGCAGCGGAGAGCAGCAGAGCAGGGAGGCAGUGCCAGCGGCACGCGUAGUCCGGUCACCUUGGAUACCACGGUACUAUGUCGUCCGCCUUUCGAUUGGUAGCUGCGAUGAGGCAUGGAUCUCUACAUUCUUGCGCACGGCCAGCAUCUCAAAGAGCUAGCAUCCCCUGUCAAGCGCUGCGGGCGGCGUCUUCCAAGUCCAAGAACAAGAACCGCAGAAAGGCUUCGCCGACCCAGGCGCAGGCGGCGGUCGCCGCCCGCAACCCUGUGUACCCCAUCGCCGAGGCGUUGGAUCUGGUGAAGGACGGCGCCAAGGCCAACUUCGACGAGACUGUCGAGGUGGCGAUGGUGCUUAACGUGGACCCCCGAAAGGCAAACCAGACUGUCCGGGGCACCGUGCAGCUGCCGAAAGGUAGCGGGAAGACGGUGCGGGUGGCGGUGUUCGCAAAGGGGGAUGAUGCAGACGCGGCGACCGCGGCGGGCGCGGACGUUGUCGGCGCUGAAGACCUUGUGGCCUCCGUGAUGAAAGGGAACAUCGAUUUCGAGCGGUGCGUGGCUACGCCGGAGAUGAUGUCGGUUGUCGGGCGAGCCGCGAGGGUUCUGGGCCCCAGGGGCCUCAUGCCGAACGCCAAGCUAGGCAGCGUGACUCGAGACGUGGAGGCGGCCGUUAGGGCGGCGAAGGGGGGACAGGCGCAGUUCAGGGCGGGAAAGAAUGGAGUGCUGCACAUGGGGGUCGGUAAGGUGAGCUUUGCGAGGUCAGACCUUAUCGAGAAUGUCCGCGCGACCAUGGUUGCUAUUUCCAACCUCAAGCCCGAGGUGAUCAAGGGGAAAUACAUCUCGCAGGUUCACUUGAGCUCGACGAUGGGGAAGGGCGUGCCCGUAGAGGUGGCUACCGUGGACCCGAGCUCGCCUCGCUUCAUGUUUGUGGACGAGGGCGCGGAGGCUGCGGUGAAGAAGGCGUUGGAGGCGGAGCUAGCGAAGGCCAUGAACGAAGGGGAUGGGGCUGGGGAACAGCGAGCUUCCUUGUGAUGUUGCACCAGUGAGCUUGCGUAUUUUGUUUUUGGGUUUUGAAGAGCGGGGUUUCUUUGUAGUGUUGGAACGACAGCGCGCUUUCGAGAUGUUUGAGCAGUGGGUUGUCCUCUUUGAUGGUGGAAUACCGCGAUUUCCUUGUGUGAUGCUGGGAACAGAAAAUGAGGAUUAGGGUUACUUUCGUUCGCGAUGUUGGAACUUUAGCGAGAAUCCUCCUGUUGCCGGAUUUUUGUGGGUUGGGAUUGAGAUAUGCGGAGACGGGGGAUAUGGGGAGAAGGGGAGACGGUGAGAACGCGUUAGCGAGAGGAAGAUGCGUGGUUUCGGUGACCCUAUUUUUGCUUUGACGGUGCUUCCGCCGUGGGGUACAGACCUUGUGUGUUGCUGGUAGCGGUUUUGACGGGAGAUAUCAGCGGGUGUAAUCGCUGGAGUCGGCUCGGUGCCUUGUUGAGAAGGGCGGAGCGAGGAAGGCGUGGCCGAAUAGUUAAUUGUCCUACCGUCGCGCGAGGGUCUUGAUAGGUGGCAGGGCUAAGAACGUCUUGCGGACUUUUGCCGACACAUUUGGUGGCCCCGGCGGUGACUGAUGUUCACGCAGUGCCUUGGCCCAGGUGCCCGGCUGAUGAGACGCCUCGCUACUUGUUAGAUUCAGUUAUUGAGCGGCGCGCUCGGGACGGCAGAACUACAGUAGUGGUCUCGGUUUCCCGAUCGGUUCUGCUCUCUUCCUUCAUUGUCACUUGCGUUCCCACAGCAGUGCACUCUGGUUGACGGUGACGGCGUUUCGUGUGCUACCUCACAUAUUCUGAUGCUGAUUGUGCUAUUUGGCCGCCAUCUCAGAGUCAUCGGACAGCGCGUUAAUCUUCAGACCUAUGUACUUAGGUCCUAGGUUGACAAGGUUUACGAAGUUCCUGACACUUGCACUCUCACGACUUCCAGGCGAGGAUUACGUCGUUGGCAUGAGUUACCGCUCCUUGGAAGACUUGGAUUGGAAGACUUUCAACGACUUAUCAGCUAGUCCGGAUUUCUUCCCGUAAGGUACAUGUGUUGGUGGACCGUUGUUGCCCUUUCCGAAUGUCGGGAGUUUCAGAACACUGUACUGCAGCAGUCAGCCUCCGUCACAGUCGUUGUAAUUAUGCGGCAUACCUAUGCAGUGAGGGCAUUAAGGCGGGAUGGGAUGUGCGUCUCGAAAGCGGUGCAUCCACUCUCUGCAACAACCCUUACCUUACCGACGGCAAUGCGUUCUGCAGCAUGCUUGCUGAUGCUUGGCAAUGUUCAGUGCGAAUUUCCAACGAAUGGGAGAACCCGGGCUGGUCGAGACGCUCAGGCCAUCGGCAUGCCGGCGGGGCCACUGCUGUACAACAGAACACUACCGUAGGCGAAACACGUGCCAACAUGCUGCUGGCGCUGAAUUGUGAACUAAUGGAGUGGAAGGUCGUUCAUGCCCAAUCUGCAGGGCAACCAAGAACAAAGGAAACUGUCAACGCGUCAUCAACAGCUGUUGGGGGGCACCGCACCCUUGUACAAUAAUUUCUAAUCUAAUGUACUCGCGUCAACGUGACAUCAAUAGCCACCGCGGAACACGUGAAUUGGACUCAGAAGCACAGCGGAAGCGACGUAAUCGCCCACUGCCGUCAGCACGCGGAAUAACAAUGGUUGUUCCAUGCCUCACGGCGUACGUAUCCCGCCGAACCCAAGACUACAUUUAGUAUGCCCGGGCUUGAACAAUGUUCGAAGGUCAAGAGGAAAAAACGCAUCCUUCGUGUUGCUAUCCUCACGUCCGGGCCACUGCAGCCAUGGGCAUUGUCACGGUCGUGGAGGGUAGGCGAUCACAGCCUCAACGAUCAGCUUCUAGUUGGCAAACGAGAGCGCUUACGCCCACAGCUCACUGCAGUCCCCGAGGUCCCCCCUUUUCAACUACUUGAGGCGAUAGUUUUUUCGAGCACAGGAAACUGAACCCCGUCCCGCACCAAGUCUACAUAGUCCAUGUUGUUUCCAACAAAAGCACACGAGCCUCGGGAAAAUAAUAGAAGUAGGUCGUCAUGUGCUGGCGUCAUCCGUAGGACGCAAACGGCGACCGAGGUUGACAGGUUGUUGGGCCUCAUUCCAGAGCCUUGGAAGGGAUCACGUCGAAACACGAUGCUGCUGUUGCUGCUGCUGCUGCUGCU